AGUUUAAAUAAUCGUAUUUUUAUUUUAUUUUUCAGUAAUUAAAAUUAUUAUUUUAUAUUUUAAAUUUUAAUAUAAAUUCUAUUUAUUUUUUUAACAAUCCAAAAGUAAAAAGAAAUAAUAUACAAAAACUAUAUAAAUAAUAAUCAUUAGUAAUCAAAAAUAAAAAUCAUAGAAAUUUCUAUAUUAUUAAAUAAAUAAAAAAAGAUAUAAAAUAAAAAAUUCUCUUUUUUAAUAAAAUAACUUUAUAAAAUCUAAAUCAUCUUUUUAAUCAAAAAUAAAUAUUCAAACAUAUAAUCUUAAAAAUGGGUCCAACCGAUAUUGUGUUAAAUGAUAAAUCAUUAUUUUUAAACAGUAAAAACUCAAGUAUAUCUUUUAUGUCAACAACAAUUGAUAGUAGCGAAGUUACACUAGCAUCAUCACAAACAAAAGAAACCACCUGUAUCAACUCUUCAUUAUCAUCACCCGCAUCAUCAACCUCAAAUAGCUUAUCAAAUAGUAUCGAUAAUCUUUACUCACCAGAACUUUUGUCAACCCUUUCAAUCAAUACCCCUCCAUUAUUAUCACCCAAAAGUAUUACAAAUUUAACUUUAAGUACUACAUUUAAUACUUUUUCAACAACAUCAUCAUCCAAUACCAGUAGCUCAACUAUCACAAGUACAACAACUCUACCAUCAAAACCAUUAUUCACAUCAUUAUCAUCCAGUAUAACACCAAAUUCAUUUAGUUUAAAUUUUAAUAUUUCCGAUUUUAAUGUAUAUUACCCACCACCAUUAAACAUUUCAGAUGACGAAGAAUCAAACGCCAAUAAUAUCAACAAUAAUGGUUUAUCAAACUUUAUUUCAAACAAAAGAAAAUCACCAUACUUAUUAAGGGGUGAAAAAAAACCAUCUCGUUGUUCCGAAUGUAAUAGAGUAAUUUUAAAAUAUAUUGUUAGUGUUAAUGGAAAAAAACACCAUAAUAAUAUCUUUCAAAAAUCAAGCGGUUUCAAAUGUAGUCAAUGCCAAAAUGCAAUUUGCGAUAAAUGUUUUAUAACUUAUAAAAACAAUACCACCAAUACCUUAAAUAAUAACAACAAUAAUAGUAUCGAUUUAAAACCAAUUUCAACAUCGUCAAUUAAUUUAAUUUCAUGUUGUAACUCAUGUAUCAAUAAUAAUAAUAAUAAUAAUACAAAAAAUAUAUAACUAUUUUAAUUUAUAUUUAUAUAAAAUUAUUAUUUAUUAAAAUAAAAUAAAAUAAAAUAAAUAAAAUAAAAUAGAAUAGCAAUCCAAAAAUGCUAUUAUAAUUUAUUCUUUAUAUCAUGUAAAUAUUUUACAUGCAUAAUUAAGAAAUUAAUAU